CAUGACUCGAAAAUAUUUUUCAGUUCAAAGCUAAACUCUUGAAUUCAACCCAUCAUGGCCUCCCUCGCUACCCGUUCCGCCUCUCAAGUUCUCCGUGUAGCUUCUCGUCGUGCUCCUCGUGCAGCUGCUGCCAAAAACGUGCUAAAGUCCAUCCAGACAGCUUCCUAUUCUCUGCUCGCAAACGUUGCGACAAAACCUGUCCAAAAAGGAGUCCGUGGUGUCAAGACCCUCGACUUUGCUGGUACAAAAGAGGUCGUGUACGAGCGUAGCGACUGGCCCUUGGCAAAGCUCCAGGAUUACUUCAAAAACGACACUCUCGCUCUCAUUGGAUACGGCUCUCAAGGCCAUGGACAAGGCUUGAAUGCCCGUGACAAUGGUCUCAAUGUCGUCGUUGGUGUUCGAAAGGAUGGUGAGAGCUGGAAACAGGCUAUCGCUGAUGGCUGGGUCCCUGGUGAAACCUUGUUUCCCAUCGAGGAAGCCAUUAAUAAGGGUACCAUCAUCAUGAACCUUCUCUCCGAUGCCGCGCAAUCGCAGACAUGGCCCACCAUCGCGCCUUUGAUCACCAAGGGCAAGACCCUCUAUUUCUCUCACGGUUUCUCCGUCGUGUACAAGGAGGAUACCAAAGUCGUCCCUCCCUCCGACGUUGAUGUCAUCCUUGUCGCUCCAAAAGGCUCGGGCCGUACCGUCCGGACCCUGUUCAAGGAGGGUCGUGGUAUCAACUCUAGCGUUGCUGUCUUCCAAGAUGUCACCGGAAAGGCCAAGGAGAAGGCUAUUGCUCUCGGCGUCGGUAUUGGAUCGGGAUACAUGUACGACACCACCUUUGAGAAGGAGGUCUACUCUGAUCUCUAUGGUGAACGCGGUGUGUUGAUGGGAGCCAUCCAGGGUCUUUUCCUUGCUCAAUACCAGGUUCUCCGCAAAAACGGUCACACGCCAUCGGAAGCUUUCAACGAGACCGUUGAAGAAGCCACACAGUCUCUGUACCCUCUGAUUGGACAGAAGGGUAUGGACUACAUGUACAACGCAUGCUCCACAACAGCGCGUCGUGGCGCUCUCGACUGGGCGCCCGUCUUCGAAAAGGCCAACGUCCCUAUUUUUGAGCAACUGUACGAGAGCGUAAGGAAUGGCACGGAGACUAGGAAAUCCCUCGAGUUCAACGGCCGCUCCACCUACCGCGAAGACCUAGCCAAGGAGCUUGCCGUCAUCAACGACCAAGAAAUUUGGAGAGCCGGGAAGACGGUUCGAUCACUGCGUCCUGACUACAAGGCAGAUUCAGAGUAGACUGUUCACAUCGUCUAUCCCAAGAGCCUCACCGGCGACAUGGUUACUCCCUCAUGGUGCAGGUAUCUUAUGUCGAGUCUUGUAUGAAGUAUACUGUCAAUCUAUCUACCGGAAAUGCAAGUCGGUCAUUUUGAUGGAGCCUAGAGGGAAGA